ACAUGAUCUUUCUGAAACCAGAAACCACAUUACCUAAUUCUUAACCCCCCCGGCCACAGGUCUCCUCCCCUUGAAGACAAAAUACAGAAAAACUACCCUGAUGGCAAGGUGUUUUAGUUUUGCAGCAACACAAGAUUCAUGCUACCGGUACUCCUUCACUCGAUCAGGCCUCAAAUCAUCCACAACCGACCUCGGCGAGGGCACGAUCAUGCACUGUUGGAUCCCAAAGAAACACGACCCAUCAAAAGCUACGUUACUACUGAUCCAUGGUUUCGGUGCCAACGCAAUGUGGCAAUUCCACGGUCUGAUCCCUAAGUUCAUCUCCAAAUUCAACAUCUACGUACCCGAUCUCCUAUUCUUCGGGGAAUCCUACACCGCACGAGCCGAAAGGUCCGAGGCAUUCCAGGCACAAUGCGUUAUUGGUGUCAUGGAAGCUCACAAGGUGACCAAGAUGGAUGUGCUUGGGCUGAGUUAUGGCGGGUUUGUUGCGUAUAGUAUCGCGGCACAGUUUAAAACGCGCGUGGCGCGCUUGGCCAUAGGAUGCGCCGGAGUUUGUUUUGAAGAGAAGGAUUUGGAGGAAGGAGGAGUGUUCAAGGAGGUGACAACUGUGGAGGAAGCUGUAGAGCUUUUGAUACCACAGACACCCGAAAAAAUUAGGGAGAUGAUGAGGCUGUCGUUUUAUAAACAACCACGUAGUCUGCCUUCUUGUUUUCUCCAAGAUUUUAUUGAGGUAAUGUGUACUAAAUUCUGUCAAGAGAAGAAAGAACUAAUCCAGGCAUUACACAGGGACAGAAAGAUGUCUGAUCUUCCCAGGAUAACUCAGCCUACACUCAUAAUCUGGGGAGAACAUGACCAGGUUUUCCCACUGGAAUUGGCACACAGACUAGAAAGGCAUAUCGGUGAUAAUGCCGAACUAGUGAUAAUAAAGAAUGUGGGUCAUGCACUUAAUGCAGAGAGGCCCAAGGAGCUCUACAGGCACUUGAAGUCCUUCUUCGUUGACAAUCUUCCUUCAUCAAAGCACGCAAGCCAUACCAACAGCUUAUCUGCUGAUGAGGAGAAUUCAGGACUUUCUGAUUCUCCAUUUAGACUACAACUUGCGUGUGCUAUAGUCAUUUCGAAGCUUAGAAAGGUUACCCUGGAAAUCGGUUAG